AUGCAGAAGAAAGUUUUUGCUGCGGCUCUCACAAGAGUUCAGGUGAAGAGGGAGCCACCAGAUCUGGAGCAUCGAAGACCACCUGCUGGUGCUGCUGUCCGAAAUCUGGUGGAUGAAGGACGGUUUAGCAAUCUGACUCGCCUGGUUAAGACGAUAGCCUGGGUCUGGAGGGCGGCAAAAUGUUUUGCAGCUAAAAAUAAGAUCCUGGGAGAUCCAAAGUGGGAGGCGGUUUCCUCAGCUAGGGUCAUCACCACAACGGAGCGCCAAGAUGCUUUAAGAGAUCUUUUCCUUGCCACACAAGAGGGGGUGACCUUUCCAGCAACCACAAUAGAUCGGCUGGUAGUCUUCAAAGAGGAAGAAACCGGGUUACUAGUUUGUGGUGGACGAAUCCAAGCCUUUAAUGAAGACCGAGUUGGUGUCCCUCUCUUACCUUACAGCGGCUGGGUCUCAACAUUGCUGGUUCAGGAAGCUCACAGCAAGGGUCACGAGGGUGUGGCUGCAACUCUGUUGAAGGUGAGGAAAAGAGCAUGGGUCAUCAAGGGACAAAGAAUUGCUCGAAAAGUUAUUGAGAAAUGUAUGGUCUGCAAGAAAGCCAGAGUGAAAAGAUGUCAGCAGGUGAUGGGAGAUCUGCCUCAAGAGAGAACCAGGCCAGCAUCUCCAUUUGAGUUUACAGCAGUUGACCUGUUUGGACCCUAUCAGGUCAAAGAUGAUGUGAGGAAAAGAGUCAAAAUGAAAGUCUGGGGAGUCGUAUUCUGCUGUAUGGCCAGCAGAGCAAUCCACACGGAGCUUGCCAACACAAUGUCAACGGAAAGCUUCCUGAUGGCUUAUCAGAGGUUCACGACAAUUAGAGGGCACCCUAAGAAAAUAUGGUCUGAUCCUGGGACUAAUUUUGUUGGUGCCAAGUCUGUUCUGAAGGAGU